CACCGACCCAGCGCUACAGUCCCCCUUUCCCUUGUCAACCUCGCGCUGACCCUGCGCUACCGCCGCGAUCAUGGCCGGUGAUCGCUCUGCAUCUCACGAUCCUGCCCGCAUAAGCUCAGGAACUCCGUCGAGCGCCAAGAAGUCUCAAAAAAGAAAGAGAGAUCUUGAUGGCUCCGCCACCGCUAUAUCCACACCCACCCCGACCAAGAAAUCCAAGAAGAAUCAGGGUUCUCCAUCCAACGAUACCCCAGUCAAAGAAAGCCGGAAGAAGAAAAAGCACUCGGGAGCCGCAAGCCGCAGUGCUGUUCAAGAGACUUCGCCCCAGAAAGAGAGUGCUGUCUCGCCGGUCGGCGGCCAAACGACUACUGCAAACCAAGACGACAGCCUCACUAAGAAAAAGAAGAAGUCGAAGGAUGGAAAGCGGAAAAGCGGAACAAUUAGCGAUGCAGUUGAGGGAGAUGUCGAUAUGAAGGAUGCGGACGACUCUGAAGAAGUUAAAGAGGAACAAGACAAAGGGACGAAGAAAAGCCGAAAGAGUUCUGAGCCCGCAGCGACAGAGAAUGACGACGACAAACCUACGAAGAACAAAUUUGCCGGCAUCCUGUCCAAGUUUGAAAGGUCGAAGAAAGCACGGGAGCUGGAAAAGACAAGAGAAAGCACGAAGGAUGAAGAUUCCACUGAGCCAACGACAGCAGAGCCAGUUAUAGCACAAGGUCUGGAGCCGUUACCACAACCAGAGGCAGUGCCUGAGCAGGAUGAGAUGCCAACUUACUCCUCGCUGCCGCCGUGGCUGGCCAAUCCCCUCCGUGCAUCGGCUCAGGAACGACGCAAAUUCGCCGAUUUAGGAGUCGACUCUAGCCUCCUCCGAGUUCUGGAAGACAACGGCUAUCGUGAAGCAUUUGCCGUGCAGUCAACCGUCAUUCCUCUCCUCCUGCAAGGACCUACGAACCACCCAGGAGACCUUUGCAUCUCCGCCGCUACUGGUUCAGGAAAAACUUUGUCCUACGUUCUACCAUUGGUCACGGCCUUGAAGCCGCUCCCUGCGCCUCGGUUACGAGGACUCAUCGUGGUACCUACUCGAGAGCUGGUGAAGCAGGCCAGAGAAGCUUGUGAACUCUGUGCCGCUGGAUCCGGCCUCCGCGUCGCGUCGGCAGUUGGAAACGUUGCGAUCAAAGACGAGCAGCGGUCGUUGAUGCGGGUUGAUCAGGUCUAUGGCCCUGCGACAUUCAAGCUUCGCCAGAACGUGCAACUGACAGGUGAUGAUUGGACGAACUUCAAUUUGCAGGACUACAUCUCUGACGCUGGUGAUCUAAGCGAGUCUCUGCCAGGCUACGUUCACCGGUCAGAGCCUAAUGUCGACAUCUUAAUCUGUACUCCCGGUCGUCUGGUCGACCAUCUUCGCUAUACCAAGGGUUUUACUCUCAAGAAUCUCGAAUGGCUUGUCAUUGACGAGGCAGAUCGAUUACUAAAUGAAAGUUUCCAGGAAUGGGUGGACGUCGUGAUGACCUCCUUGGACGCCCGGAAAGCCCCUGAUGCAUUCGGGUUUAGUGGAAACUUUCUGUCCGGGCUUGGCUUGCCGAUCCAAAGCAAGGAACCAAGGAAAGUCGUUUUGAGUGCCACUAUGACUAGAGAUGUGACAAAGCUUAACUCUCUGCGUCUUGCGAACCCCAAGCUAGUCGUCGUCGGCUCUGAUGCCGCUGCAACAGAAGAUGAGAGCGGUGGCGUUGCACCGUCAGAGGAACAGUUUACGCUCCCGCCUACCCUAAAGGAGCAUACCGUAUCGGUUGGAGAUGGGUCGCAGAAGCCGCUUUACCUCCUGCGCCUUCUGCUGUCCCACAUCAAGAUUGAGACUAAGAGUAUCAAGCCUUCUGUGCACGACGCUUCUGAAUCUGGUGAUUCUGAUUCCGACGAAUCAAGCUCUGAAUCGGAUUCCGAUGACGCGUCGGACGUGUCUAGCUCCGAAGAUUCCGAUUCCGACCCGGAGUCGGAUUCGGACUCUGAUACAAGUUCUGACUCGUCUUCAGACUCCGAUGAUACCUCGGAGGACGAGUCGAGCGAUGAUUCAGAGUCGUCGGACAGCGAUUCUGAAUCAGAGGACGAAAAGUCGGACCGACAAGGGCCCUCGCAGACCACAGUUCUGGUCUUCACGAAGUCGUCUGAAUCCGCAUCACGACUGGCUCGCCUGUUGGCACUCCUCGAACCCUCCCUCUCUGACCGCAUUGGCACGAUCAUCAAAUCCAACAAGUCGUCUGCUUCGCGCAAGACCCUCACAGCUUACCGCCGGGGCAAGAUCUCCGUGAUUAUUGCAACGGACCGGGCCUCGCGUGGUCUAGACCUACGGUCACUAACCCAUGUUGUCAACUACGAUGUGCCAGCUAGCAUUACUACCUACGUGCACCGGGUUGGUCGUACAGCUCGAGCUGGUCAGGAAGGAUCGGCGUGGACGCUUGUGGCGCACCGAGAGGGCAAGUGGUUCGCAAGCCAGAUCGCCAAGGGCUCGGAUGGAAAGAUCACUCGGUCCACCAAGGUUGGAAAGGUGCAAUUCAAAUUGGACAAUAUGAAGGAGGUCAAGGCACGCUAUGCAUCUGCGUUGGACCUACUGGAGAAGGAAGUGAAGACGGGUGGGACUAAGGCCUCCAAGCUCAGCGCACAAUGACAUUGAUGUUAGGUAGUUCUCGGACAAAGUGUAUAUAGUUAUCCCGAACACAUGCAGGCCAGUCUGGUGACCCUUUCCUCUUGAAAGAGUGGCCCGGGCUGAAUACAUAACUAUCAAAACCCGCCGCAG